AUGAAAUUAAUGGAUUAUCAACGGUCGAAAUUAUGUUGUUUAUAUGGGGUAACUCUGUUUUUUUACCUGACAUCCCUUUUUAUGGUGGAAGCCGAUGACGGCGACGUGAAGGACAGGCCCGUCUUUCUCUGUGUCCUCGCCCAUCACGAACUACGACUGGGAAAAGGUCGGGAAAACGAGAAAAACCAGCAUUUCACUCCGCCUUUCAACGAUUUUCCAGUGGUGGAAGCUUUGUUGACAUUCGUUCACCAUAACUUUUGCGACUGUGAGUGUUGGUUGGGCUGACACUCGUAGGAAGAGGGGGCUGGAGUGAUAGAAUCGACUUUUGUUCCCCUUUUUCGAAUCGAUGCUGGCUCAACAAAUCGGGAGGAAGGAUGAAUGAAAAUGUAAAACAAUUUUGACGGCAAUGAGACAAAAUUUAAACUGGAAAAUUUUUGCAAUAAUUUGAAGAGAUAAAGUGUUAGAAAGAGAAAAGAUAACAGAGAGUUCAGACAGAAAUGGAUGAGAAAAAUAAGACUGUGUUUGUCACUGGAUUUGGCCCGUUCGGCGACCAUAAAGUAAACGAUAGCUGGCAAGCUGUAAACCAGCUUCACAAUUCGAAUUUAGAAUCCAAACUUGGCAUCGUACUACGCUCCACCCAGAUACAAGUGAUUUACAAAAGUGCUGCGACAACAGUACAAGAUAUAUGGAAGAAUCAUAACCCUGAUUUGGUGAUACAUGUAGGGGUGCAUAAUCAAGAUUCUGUGAUGCUUGAAAAACAAGCUAGAAAGUCUGGCUAUUGCCAAGAAGAUGUAUCAGGGUGCGUAAUUGAAAACAACACUUGCCCGAUUGACGGGGGCGAUCUUCUCUCGACAGAAAUCGACCUUGAUGAUCUAAUAGAAAAAGUCAAAAGGGAUGAUAUAAAAAUUCAACAGUCAACAAACGCUGGAAACUAUCUUUGCGAGUUCACGUAUUACAUGUCUUUGUGCCACAAUAAAGCGAGGGCACUCUUUGUACACAUACCUCCUUCAACAAGUCUGGUACCACUUAAGACAAAAGUGGAGGUCCUUGAGGAUAUAAUACGGACCCUUUGUGCACAAUUGCAAUGAUUUUUAAAUCUACAAGACUUAAUCAGAUUUAAAAAAAAGUCUAUAAUGAAACAGUAAAGUAUAAUAAAGUAUUAUAUUCUUAUAUUAUGCAGAACAAAAUAUACAUAAUUUUACAACGAGCUUUUUUUGAAUUGCAUAUUUUUUUAACGAGAUAUGUAAAAUGGUGAAAUGGCAAACAAAAGGGUGAGAAAAGUCAAUGGGCGAUGUUCUUUACUUCACGACCACAACACUAUUUUUUCACUAUUUAUUUAUAAACCUGUUUGAAUUGAUUAGUCUGCAAGUUAUUUUUCAUGUUGGGGUCUCUGAUGACUAAAUUAUUCUCCUUUUCUUCCACUACAAUAUAAAAUAUCUAUUAUGUAGCACUGGAAAUUUGUUGCAAAAACAUUGAAAACAUGAGAUAUUAUGUAAUUUAGACAUUGUCUGCCUAUCCUAAGCUUGGUUGGUCUAAUUGAAGAGUUUCAACAUUCCGCGUGUCUUAUGCGUUGAAAUUAAUAUGUUGAUAGUUCAUAAUGAAUUUUGUACUUGUAUGCUGGGCUGUAAAUCUGAUCAUUUGCCAACCCAGUAGGAAACGAAGGAACAUUUCUGAAAACAUGGAGUGUAGAAACAUGACUGAACAGACCUAAUAAAAAAUAUAAAAAAUUAUGGGUCAUUAGAAAGACUUUUGCAACCCUACACUUAUAGAAUAUUGACAAUGGGAUCGAGGGAAUGCAUAAUAAAAUCUCCCAGGAAUUGCAAAGUAUUUCACAUUUUUUAAGCAGACGACCAGUGGUCAUGAUCGAUCCUCGCUUUGACCUUAGGGGACCAAUAUAAAAAGGGAGGUUCGGAAAAUCAUAUCAAUUGAGACAGGGAGAGACAAAUUGAGUCCCAAGGCCAAAAGAGUCAUUUCAAGUGUAGUCAAGGGCAGAAACGAGUCGAAUAGUCAUCUGAAGAGGAGAGUCACGAUCAGGGAGACUUGAGACCUGACUAAACGCUAGAAAAGAGUCAACUGACAAGAGAGCCCAGAUACCAGGAAAGGUGCAAGAAAGCGAUUUGGAGAUUGGCGUCGUCUUUGGUAAGUGCAUUUUGUGAAUAAGCUCACUCUUUAGCGUUAGAGUUAUGGCUGAUUUAUAUUUUAAUUAAUUUGAACGAUAUAGUUAUUAAUAUGGUGCAAACAAAUUUUGAAAGAAAUGCAUAUAAUUUGUAUCUCUCA